AUGGCAUUGAAAACGACCAAAAAGAAAAGAAUCACAAAGGAGAAGAAGGACUCCCAAAAUGGCACAACCAAAAAAAGAAGCAGAGAUCAAAACGUCGUUAGCCAAGAGGAGGAAGACCGACUGAGCUUUAACCCCUUCAAAAGCAGGGAACAAAUAAAGCCAUUCGAGUUAAGCAUAGAAAAUGAAAAAACGACUGAUGAGGAGGAAAACCAAACAGACUCGUUUAAGGAGCUGUUAAAGAGAAGGAUAAAACAGAUGAAUCGGAAAAUGAAGGAAAAGGACAAGAAGGUGACAACUCACAUCAGACAUAAGUACCAAGAGGAUAUCGAAAACUCGGGGAAAAGCUGGUUCGAAAGCAAGCUGCUGAAUGACGUUCCGAGGAAGUUAACCACGUGUUGA